AUGGCCAUGUCAAUCCUCGGCGCUCUGAAGCUCGCCCCGUCCCCGGCGGCGGCGACGGCGCAGCCGCCGGCGUGGCGCGCCCCCUCCUCGCUGCACUUCCACGUCGCCAACGCCGGCGCCGCCGCGCUGGUCGCCGCCUCGCUCCUCCUCGCCGACCCGGCCCUCGCGUUCAGGGGAGGCGGGCCGUACGGGCAGCAGGUGACGCGGGGGCAGGACCUCACCGGCAAGGACUUCAGCGGCCAGACGCUCAUCAAGCAGGACUUCAAGACCUCUAUCCUGCGGCAGACCAACUUCAAAGGUGCGAACCUGCUCGGCGCCAGCUUCUUUGAUGCGGACCUGACAGGCGCUGAUCUCUCCGACGCUGACCUCAGAAACGCCGAUUUCUCGCUGGCAAAUGUAACAAAGGUAAAUUUAACCAAUGCCAACUUGGAAGGGGCACUUGUGACAGGGAACACUUCUUUCAAAGGUUCCAACAUAUACGGGGCAGAUUUUACCGAUGUUCCACUACGAGACGACCAACGGGACUACCUCUGCAAAAUUGCUGAUGGGGUAAAUACAACUACCGGGAACGCUACCAAGGAGACUCUCUUCUGCAAAUAA